CUUUCGAUCACCUCUCAGAGCAGCUCUCAGAGCCAGUCCGCCUGCCGCGGAGCCUGUCGGGAAGAGAGCGGCGUGCGCGCGGAGGGAGGAUUCGCGGCGCGAGAAGCGGGGUUGACGGAGCCUCGCCUCUUCUCUCCUGAGGGAGGCCGAGGCCGGACGCCUUUGCCGCUGCUGCUGCCUCCGCUUCAGAGCCGCCAUGGCGGGAGGAGGCAGCGCCGGCGAGUGGUGCCUCAUGGAGAGCGACCCGGGCGUCUUCACGGAGCUCAUCAAGGGGUUCGGUUGCAGAGGUGCUCAGGUUGAGGAGAUAUGGAGUUUGGAGCCAGAGAACUUUGAAAAAUUGAAGCCUGUUCAUGGACUGAUUUUUCUAUUCAAAUGGCAACCAGGAGAAGAACCAGCUGGCUCUGUUGUUCAGGAUUCCAGAUUAGAUACAAUAUUUUUUGCUAAACAGGUGAUAAAUAAUGCUUGUGCAACUCAAGCCAUAGUAAGUGUACUACUAAACUGUACUCAUCAAGAUGUCCAUUUAGGAGAAACACUCUCGGAAUUCAGAGAAUUCUCUCAAAGCUUUGAUGCAGCGAUGAAGGGUCUAGCAUUAAGUAACUCAGAAGUGAUUCGACAAGUUCACAACAGUUUUGCCAGACAACAAAUGUUUGAGUUUGAUGCAAAGUCAACAGCGAAAGAAGAAGAUGCUUUUCAUUUUGUCAGCUACGUUCCCGUAAACGGAAGGUUAUAUGAACUAGAUGGUCUGCGGGAAGGGCCAAUAGAUUUGGGAGUAUGCAAUCAAGAUGAUUGGAUCAGUGCUGUAAGGCCAGUCAUAGAGAAACGGAUACAAAAGUACAGUGAAGGUGAAAUAAGGUUUAACUUGAUGGCAAUUGUAUCUGACAGAAAAAUGAUAUAUGAACAGAAAAUUGCGGAAUUGCAGGCACAACUUGCUGAGGAAGAGCCCAUGGAUACAGACCAGAGCAGUAAUAUACUAAGUUCUAUUCAGUCAGAAGUUGCAAAGUAUCAGAUGUUAAUUGAAGAAGAAAACCAAAAAUUGAAAAGGUACAAGAUAGAAAACAUUAGAAGAAAACAUAAUUACCUGCCAUUUAUCAUGGAAUUACUAAAGACUUUAGCUGAACACCAGCAAUUAAUCCCACUUGUAGAAAAGGCAAAAGAAAAACAGAAUGCCAAGAAAACUCAAGAGGCCAAAUGAAGAUAGAUGUCUUUUUUUCUUUUUGUGUGUUCUUUUUGUUUGGAACGGUGGGGAUGCUGAAUAUCUUUGUCUUCAUGAAAGUAACCCAGCAAGAUACCUUGUAAAGUUUAAAUUCGUCCAACGCAUGUUUGCCAAUUUGUAACAGUUUGUCCUGUCCCAUUUGCACGGGGUCUAUGAAUCUUCCCUUUCUCCCCUGCAUCAUGUGCAUGUAACUGCCUCUUGAUAAUGGUUUUUAGAGUCUCUGUCAAAUUCCAGUACUCAACAGGACAUGUGACUGAUUCUUCAUAUUUAAUCAGGAAAUGCUGCUGAAAUGUGUAUAGACCCGAAUUUGUGCAACUGGUGUAGAACUUUUUACUGUAAUGAACAUAUUUAAAUAUCUUGUCUCACAGUGAAUCCUGGGUAUAUAGUUAUGUGAAGAAAGGUUGACUUAUUUUUACAAAUAAGUUGAGCCAUCUUUGCUUGUCACCGCUAGCUGUCUUGGUCUCUGAGUCUUUCAGUGGCUUGCCCUGUGUUCUUGUUUAUAUGGAGUUGUGUCUAAAUUUUCUACAGAGUUGGAAGUAAACAAAAUAAUGGAAUAGUAGAAUCAUUUACAAAGACCAUUGAAGAAGCUUAAAAGUUUAUUGCUUUUAGUAGAAAAAUAAAUAUUCCCAUUUUUAUUUUGGCAAA